CUUACACCUUAGCGUAUUUCCUUACUAAAAGGUACGAUGUUACUUGGGCUACUACUUGGCAUCUACCAUUGAUUUUUCUCUUACAUAAAUCCACACAUUUCCAACGAACGGAUACGAGAGAAUAGCUCUUUUAAUUUGUUUUAAAUAGUAUUGUUGAUACUGUGUAAUUUCCUUGAAUUCUUUUUCUCUCGGUCACGUUGGAAAUUGGACACACUUUGCUAGUUUGCUAUACCUCGUGUAUUUAACCAUUUGUGCGCGUGCUUUUCGAAUAAUCGACGGCACUGUUGCUUGAUUUUCUUUUUAUCUUUGAAUAGAUAAAACUGGUUUCUUCUCGCACGCGCUCGUCCUUUGGGUUUAAAGUCAUUUAAAGUCAUCACAAAUUGUCGCUUCUAUACAAAUUUUUGAGGCUAAAUUUAUAUUCUGCCUCUCCUUUGUGUAGUGUGUGAUUCCUAAAAGGGUCGGUUGUUGGUUCUUAUUACUAAAUUUCAUUCAUCCAGAUUCCUUUGUUUUGGAUUCCACCUGAAACCUGUUUCGAUAGCAGCUGUUUUCUUUACCAUUAGGUUGUUUUUUCUUUGAAAAGGCUUCUCUUUGUUUAUUUAUAAGUCGGGAUCCUGUCUUGGUCUAAAAUCUGCAUACGGAUUCAGUGUCUUUUUUCUUCCCUUCUGGACUUAGAUAGACGUACUUUUCUUCGGUACUGCGAAAGAUUCGGAGAAGUAAAUUGCUGGCUGUUCACCGGCUCGGCUUUCUCGAUUCUAAAAAGAUAAGGAACAUCGUUAUUUAGUUUCCGAUUUGUUUGUUUACAUUCGGGUUGAGCGUGGCGGUCUAUCGGGAAUAGAAUAAUUUGCAAUUUUUGCGAAUUUUUUUUCUUCUUUCCCUUCUUCACAAACUUUUUCUAUUUUUUCCUCUUUUUUUAACGUUUCCAAUUUGCAUCCACACUCUUCUUCUUCAGGUGAUCUACCACCUAUCCCUCAACCAGCUGUAGUCCAUAUGAAGGGUGAACUGAAUAUUCCGGCGCUAAGUCGGUUUGGAAAAUCGAUUUCUGCUUCUUUGCAUCACCAAAACGACCCUUCGAAUGAAGAAAAUGAUACAAGCUCUCAGAAUCGUAGUACAUCGAACAGCGGUUUAGGUCGUAGAAACUCUAUUUUCAGUGUCAAUGCUUCUAAUGGUUUUGGCUCUCUUUCCGCCAAUCGUUCUAAUAAGCAAUCUUCUCCACGGCCUCCUCCUCCUCCUCUUGAGAGUCCUUUUACCGACUCCACUGCCGUCGUCCCAAAUAACAUCUCCUCGGCGGUUUCCACUCCCGUGAAUAAUAGAAUGCCCAUAAAGCCUCCCCUGACAUGGAGCCCUUCUUCUGCGAAUUUGUUUGGAACUUCUCGCAUCACUUCUAUCAUUGGAAAUAACGUCUCAGAUAUCGUUCCUCCCGUGAUCAAAAAAGCUCUUGCUUCUUCACAUGGUGGCGGUAUGUCGCUUUCCAUUGUCUUACUAGAACCCGUUUUGUACCUUUCUGGAUACGAUAUAAAUGAGUGUCAAAACGAAAACCCUGUUAUUUUGCGUGGUGCCUUGGUAUUACGCGUUGCUAAACCAGCAAAUAUCCGUGGCAUUUCCCUGUCAUUUACGGGUCGCUCCAGAACAGAAUGGCCUGAGGGGAUACCUGUCAAAGGUCAUGAAACCUAUGAAGAUAAAAUUAUCAUAUGCCAUCAUUGGAACUUUUACAAUCCAAAUAUAAAAGAUGCCGAUGCUCCUCAACAUGGAGCCGACGUUGCCCGUCUUGUUGGUGAGCAUGUUUCCCUUCCAUCUUCUUCCGCUGCUGGUCUCCGUGGUUAUAGCGUUUUUGCUCCAGGUGAGUAUACUUACAAUUUCGAUUUAGCUAUUCCAAACUGUUUUCCAGAAUCGGUAGAGGCAAAAUUGGGUUGGGUUCGCUAUUUUUUGGAAGCAACAGUCGAAAGAUUCGGUACCUUCAAGAGUAACUUGAAUGGUAGAACUCCAGUUCAAUUAGUCCGUACGCCAUCACCAGCUAGUUUAUCUUCCACUGAAUUAAUCAACAUUUCGAGGGACUGGGAUGAGCGGUUACAUUAUGAGCUACAAGUUUCCGGUAAAUCUUUUCGCCUUGGCGAAACUCUACCUAUCACUUUUAAGUUUUUGUUGCUCGAUAAAGUUCGACUGUACAAAUUGUCCUUGUCCGUUGUAGAAACUGCUGAGUACUGGUGUCGAAGCAGGAAGUUUCAUCGCGUUGAUCCAAAACGUCGCGUGCUUUUGAUAGAGCGUUCUGUCAAACAUCAUAAUACGGAUAAUUUAUUUUCUAUCCCAGAUGAAGGGGAUGGCAUUUCGAGUGCCAUUUUUAAUUUCAACGUUAAGCUUCCCACUUGUAUUGUAAAAGAGCGAGACAGAUUGACGUUUGAUACCACUUAUAAGUAUAUAAAGAUUCGGCAUAGGCUUAAAGCUCUUUUGGUUUUGUCGGUUGAAAAUGAGGGUAAUCCAGAAAAGAGGAAAUAUUUUGAAAUCAACAUAGAAACCCCUAUUCGCAUUUUGUCUUGUCGGUGUGUGAAAGAUUCCACUCUGUUGCCUCCUUAUGAAUUGACCCAUCGUGAUAGUCAAGUAUUGCUACCAUGUCCUUGUCGUUUAGAUGCUACUCAGGUUGAACCUGCUGAAGUAACUCCCUUUACGACGCAGAGCGUUUUGGCCAGUUCUUCUGCGGCUACGGCUAGUUCUCGUAAGCCUACUCGACCAGAAUUAUUCCGAAUUCCAUCUACCAAUCCACCUCCAUUUGAAGGCGACAUUUGUCCUCCACCUUGCGAAACUCCUCCACCUAAUUACGACGAGCUAUUUGAUGCCCUCAAUUCUAUAAAUAUCCAAGGUUGUGAAACAGAUCUUGCUAAUGAUGACACAAUACUGAAUAGCCGUUCUAGAAGAGGUCAAGUCGUGGGCAGUAAUAGUACUAGGACACCUCGCAGACAUUUAUCUCGUACUGCUAGCCGCAGUUUUGAUUUACAACGGUAAAUACGGCUAUGGAGUGAUGAACAGCAAAAUGUAAUACUUAUGAUAUUAAAGUUUGGGUUCCCUUUUUGGUUGACUAUGAAUAAUGAAUUGUGACAAGUUUGGAUAUACCAGCUGGGCUGGGUUUAUGCUACCAAAUUGGAUAAUGCUUAGUCGGGUACAUUCUCAUCCAUCUGCGUUUUACGACCGUAUAUUGAGCUAGUGUUUUUCUUAUUUCCCUAGAACAUAUAAUCGGUUUACAAGAAAAAGUAAACAAAAACAAAAAAGACCGCAGGAAUGUGGCGCUUCAAAAAGCACUCUUGUGAAAUACUAUUUUGUUUUGUUCAUGAUAAAACUCUUUUGUAAAUCAUGAGUGCUGCGGAUAUAUAUGUAGUUGUUUUUUUUUCAGAAAGGUUGAAAAUAAUCGACUUUAAUUUUUGUGAUAAUCAUUAGGCAGCAUUGG